GUGCAACAAAGGACAAUGGGGCAAAUCCCCAACAGGCCGGGCGGCCCCUGGAGAGCGAUUCUCUUGGCAGCCUCUGUCCUGGGCUCCUGCCUCCAGCCGGCGCCGGCCCAGACCCCAGUGACCAUCGUCCUCACCCCGCCGAGCCCCGUGGUGGGAGGGGACGUCAGCCUGGCCCCGCAGAAUCUGCCACAGGACGUGCUGGUCUGCAGCUGGUACCGAUCAGCGACCACUCAUGAAAGCAGCCGGAUCCUCACCUACUACCCACCUCCUGCCCCUGAUCAGAUCCCUGGCCCAGCCUACACGGGGCGGGAGAUAGCGGGGCCGGGCUGCACCCUGCACAUCGCGGGGUUAACGCUCAGCGACACCGGGAACUACACGGUGCUGAUACAGAGCCGUACUGGUACUAACCCUGUUCGCUCCAUCAGGGUGGUUCUGCGCGUCUCUGACGCCCCUCGUCCAGCUCUCUCUGCCGGGGCCGUCGCUGGGAUUCUCAUCGGGUCACUGGUGGGGGCAGCACUGGUCGGAGUCGGGGCCUAUUUCCUCUCCUCUCGCUGCCGGAACAAGACCCCCAAGAAGAACGGGGCACCCGUCCUGGUGUACGAGAACCUGCCCCUUACAGCCUGGGUGGGGCCAGUGGCCCAGCCCGGGAGCCCCCCUGACCCCAGCCCCAUAUACCAGAUGCUGCAGCCCCGACAGCUGGACGUGUAUGAGGAGCUGAAGAACUGAUGCCCCCUCCUGCCCCCGGGGCAUGCUGGGAAAGGCGCGUCCCUGAGCCUGGGUCUUGCUGCACCGGGGACGUCCCGUUGAUGAAGCAUUAAAGGGCAGGAACAGUCACCGCCCGGCCCGGGGGGUGUGUCCAUCCAUCUGUCCAUGCUGCUUCCCUGGGGCCCAUCACCGCAGCGUCUGGGCCCCUGCGAGGAAAUCAGAAAGUCGGCGCCUGUGACUGGCUCCAGCUCCAUUGUGCCCAGCACAGGAUUUGGCUUGGUGACUUCUCACGACCAAAUACCCCCAGCCUGGGCACGUGUCCUGUUCUCUGCCCGCCUGACCUGAGCCUGGCGCUCUGUGUCCCGCACCAGGCCGCGGGAGCUCCCCACUGCACGGAGGGGCCCGGGCGGCUCAUUGACCGGCCGGGUCCCACGGGGAGUCUGUGGGGCUGCAGGGACUCAGACCUGGGACUCCCCAGUGCCUGGCUGGUGCCCAAACCAGGGCCAGGGGUCCCUGCCCAGGGCUUCCCCCCAACCCUCCCCCCAGUGCCUGGCCCCACGUCUUCCCCUCCCCGGGGCAGUUCUCCCCUGCAGAGCUGUGAGCAGCGAAUCCGACCCGCCCGGCCGGGACCUGGGGCCCCUGGCAGAGGGCACAGGGCACCGAGGGACUCGCGGGUCCCUCGGCUCUGACAUCUCCAGACCAGCCCCCAAAGGGGCUCCGGAGGUCCCUGACCAGAGCCGGCAGCGCUGGGCACGGUGACUGUGGUGAGCCGUGUGCCGGGGGCACGGCCGGAGCUGUGUCUGACCUGGGUCCCAGGGGCUGGUUCCAGCCGGGCAGCGGGAGGCGCCAGGCCCAUCCCUGGCAGACAGGAGGCACCGGGCCAUUCUCUCUGUGCCCAGCUCCGGGGGCGCUGAACCCCACAGGAGCUGCCAGGAGCGGGUUCGGGAUGUCGGGGCUCUGGGAAGCGCAUUCCCAUUUUCUUCUCCAUGUCACCCAUUGUCCCAUUAACUCCAUAAGAACGGUGAUACUGGGUCAGACCAAGGGUCCAUCUAGCCCAGUGUCCUGUCUACCGACUGUGGCCAGUGCCAGAUGUCCCAGAGGGAAUGAACAGAGCAGGGAACCAUCCACUGGUCCAUCCCAUCGCCCAUUCCCAGCUUCUGGCAAACAGAGGCUACGGACACCAUCCCUGCCCAUCCUGGCUAAUAGCCAUUGAUGGACCUGUCCUCCAGGAACUUCUCUAGUUCUUUUCUGAACCCUGUUAUAGUCUUGGCCUUCACAACCUCCUCUGGCAAAGAGUCCCACGGGUUGACUGCGUUUUGUGAAGUAAUUUCAUUUGCUGACCCCUAGUUCUUGUGUUAUGAGGAGUAAAUAACAGGAGCCUCCAGCGGCUCCUUCUCCCA